CGGUUGGGCCUUACACUCGGGCAAACAUGUUUAUCGCUCGCGACGCAACCGUUUUAUAUUUAGAUUCUUGCGCGACGCGCCACAAGCCGGUCAGUGGCGACUUGUAUCGGUGCUCGGUAAACAACAUCGUAAUCGUACGAAAAUCGAGAAAAUGCCCCAACAAGUCGAGCUCCACUACAAGCACAAUAACGACGACGUGUCGCUGGUGAUUAGUGAAUGUGUAAACGAGUAGAUCGAAAGAAAUGUGAGCACCCACGCGUUUGGAAAUUUGAUCCGCAUUUCAUUCGUUGCGCGUUCGUGCGCCGCUGCACGUAGCACACACGCGCGUGCCCGCGGAUGCAACAGGUGAGAAGAGAAGGCUGCCAGACGCUUGAGAAGCAUGAGAAGCACGGAUUUGCUUAGUUAGUGAGCUGUAGUCAUCCCUUAAAAUCACACAAAAUGUUUUCGUUCCACAAGCCAAAAGUGUACAGAUCGACGACGGGUUGUUGUAUUUGCAAGGCGAAAUCUAGUAGUUCUAGAUUCACUGAUAGCAAGAAGUAUGAGAGCGACUUUAUCAAAUGUUUUCACCUAACAACGCCACGGCAAGGCGAAAUCUGCAAUGCUUGUGUUUUAUUGGUGAAGAGGUGGAAGAAAUUACCACCGGGCUCAACACGUAACUGGCAACAUGUGGUGGACGCACGUGCCGGGCCAGGAAUGAAGUCGAUGACCAAGUUCAAGAGUAAGCACAAGAAGCAGCUGCUGGAGGAUGCCGCCGCUGACGGUGUUAUCAAAACUACCGGAACUGGCGUCGGCCGAAAGAAGAAUCAUUUUGAGAGGGAGUACAGUCCUCUGAGUGACAAGAGUGACGGAACGCCGGACGCCGAUAUGGACAUCGCCAUGGAUUAUCUUGAGAUGGCCACAAGUGGAGGGUCUAGCCGCACCAACAGUCCCGGUGGCAGUGAUUGUGAAGAAACCGUUCAGGUGAACAAGCAAUCGCGUCGGCAUAAAUCGCAAGCAAAGCGACGUGUUGAUAGUUUACUGCCGAUGGUCAGCGAGUUCAUUGAUAUGGAUAUCUGGAAGAAGGUGAAAAUUUGUUGUGGUACGAUUUUUGAGAGUCCAAAUGGCGAGUUUCUGGUCGAUUCACGAUUUUUGAAGCCUUGCGGCGCACGUUUGAGCUGCAAAAUGAAUGGCGUUCUGCCGAAGCAGGAAACUGAAAUCUCCGCUGCGAAAUCGUUCUCUGACAGCAGUUCGGACAGCGGCUACGACGAGUCGUCCAAUCAGGGCAAUGGCGAAAACGCGUCCAAUUUCUCAUCAGGCACCGCCACCUCGAAUGCUAACGCCACGCUCAAACAGCAGAAGCAAGUUAGUAUAGCGUUAGCCGGACAAGCCCCAAAUGCCAAUUAAUGCAAGCUCUCUCUAGAUUGUUUUAAUUUAUUGAUUAUUCUAUAUUUACAUAUAUUACCUAUCAGAACUAUUCAUUAACGAUAUGAAGAGAAAGAAAACGAUACAUAUUUAAUUCUAAUGGAAUACGUUAAGUUUAACCACGACGGGGCGUGUUUCUUACGUAGAAUGAUGAAUUGUAACAAAUAUGAUUAUACUUAACAUGAAUGAAGGUAGAUGCUUGUGAUUGUAAAUUUUUUGUUGAGCGAUUAACGGAGCGAAAAUGAGUUCUGGCGCGUGGGAAACACGCCGAGUCGUGGUCUUCUCUUGCCGACAGUACAAAUAUGCGAUAUUUUAAAAUUGCACGGCGUGGCUUGCAUCACUUUGCACCGGCGAAAAGCGACUUGCAAAUUUUAUACGCUUCACACCGUCUGUCUGUGACAGAAAUUCCAAGACUUAAGUAAUUGUGGAGGUAUAUUAAUAUUUACACCCAAUGAUGCUACAAUAAUUAAAAGAAAAUUAUGUUCAUUGCACGGUUGUGCACAUCAAAACAAUAGAAAUUCUUGAAUAUUUAUUUUCAUACUAACGAAAGCAUUAACGCAAUCUACGAUUGGGUCCAAGACAACUGUAAAUUUUGUUUCUAUUCAUUGAAAGCGUGUCACCACGAAAUAAUUCAAGAACUGCAAGCGCCGCGAAGUCAUUGAAAAGUUUAUUUAUUUUCUCUUUAAUUUAAUGUCAUUCCUGAUGAUUUACAGCGGCGCAUUGGCUGAGCGUGGUGAUCACAUUACAAACAAAUAAUUAAGUGACUCGUCGAUCAUAUCACAAUCAUUGUGUCUUCUUAACAUUAUACAACUUAAUGAGAGAAAUCAACUAAUCUGCACUUAAGUAAUUAGGUAUGUUACAAAUGUUAACUGUGAACUGCCAACUCUUUGUAUAAGAUGCAAACAAAACAAACAAAAUGUGUUCCUCUUAUAAUUAAUGAUUUAAUUAUUGAAGAAAAAUGAUGAAAAUGGACAAAAAUAAUCGAGAGAUUAAUUAAGCAUGUUACUAAAAAAUGUUAUUAAGAAAAUGAAAAAUUGAAAAAUAUAAAAAAUUGACGAGACGAAAUAUUACACAUAAACCGGAGCGGAUGUUUCCUAUAUGAUGGGGUAACAUUAGUAAUUUAUAUUCAAAUGAACUGAUCCGAAGCAGCAAUAUAAUGAUCGUAACAACUAGGAGAACAUUGACUAUUAAAAUUGAAAGACGCAUUUGUUAAUGGGCAAAUAUGAAAUUGCAUUUGAAAUGAGAACGUGAAUGCCGAAACGAAUUAGCAAUGUAACGCCUACAAUUGAUAGACUGUAAGCCUAGUCCAGUAAUCAAAUAACUGCAAUCGUAGAAUUAUACAAGAGAAAUUAUUAUACAAAGAAAGCGAGCAAAUAUCUAUAAAUAUACAGAGAUACCAAAACUCAAUACACAAAGAAAUACAAAGUAAUUAAAAUAUAAACUGCUUCAAAAGAACAUAUAUAAAGAGUGAAUCUCUAGUGUCACAAGGACGUAAUCAAAAAGAUGAUGUUUGGUCGGCAUUUUUGAAGUGAAAACGUACAGAAAUUUUGCAAGAUUGAUAUGAUAAGAUGAAUAAUUAUGUAAAAGAUACCAGUCAUAAGAGCCUGAAACUGUUCGGUGCCUUGAUCCACCUUAAUAGUGUUAAAUCACAUUGAAAUCAAUUCGGCAAACGAUUUUCACUUGUAGCUUAGCUAAAUGUAUCAUUUGAUGACUGAAUUUCCUCGCAUGAUAAAUUUAGCAAGUAAUGUUAAUAAUACUACAACACCAAAAGCGAAUUUGCUACAAGUAGUAAUCGUGCGUUUUGCGUCCAGCGAACAUAGAACAGCCGAUUUGCAAUUUGGGCCUUGUGCACAUAAUAAUUAAUUAAGCGUAAACAAAACUGAAAUAUGAGAAUAGGAACGAAUUAAAACAGAGCUAAUACGCCUAUUUCUUGAUAGAAAUUUACGGCACAACGCGAAGACUACAUAAGAUUGAGUACGAUGAUAAGUGAAACGCGAUAUGAAUAUUUAUUAUUAAUAUAUACAUACUAUUGAUGUAAUUAUAAAACAAAUGUUUGAUAUUUGCGUUAAGACGCGAGGAUCUCAAGUUAAUUAAUCAACAAUUAUCCAUCUAUUAGUUAAUUAAAGUUAAGUCAAAUUUCUAUCUAAUUAAUAUUCGUAGGCCAAUGCAUAAAUACACCACAAAUACCAGAAGUCUAAAUUGUUCGUUGACGUCGACGAUCGGAGACGCUUUGUUGUCACUCAUAUGUGAAUCCAAGGCGAUUUCUAACAUUUUAUUGAGAGAGAAGGUUUAUUACCAUUUCCAAUUUUACCUAUCAUUUAUUAUAUGCUUGGUUGAUUAUUAUAUGAUUUAGAAAUUGAUUGAUUUAUAUAUGAGAGGAAGUAUUAUUAUAUUUGUAUAAUAUGCGUAAUUUUAAGCUCGUAAAGUUGGCAACAAAUUGAGUACUUUAAGUGGUACUCUGGAACUAUGGUCAUGAAGGAACAGGAGAGCGUGCUAGAGCAUAAGAAAAUAGAUCAUAAUUAUUUAUUUUAUCACUUUUUUGUUUAUUUAUCAUUUUAAAAACGUGUACCAACGAGGAUGCGUAUCAGUGCGAUUUCUUUUUUGGGCAACGUCUUGUUUAUUGUACAUAGUGCAUACAAAUCAAAUAUUUCGAGAUGUAUUAUUUAAUUGUUUCGUUAAUUAUUUGUAUACCGUAAUUAUGUUUUGCUGUCAAGUCAAGCAAAGCUGAAUGAACAAUAUUAGAUCUCUUGUCAGCCAUUAAGUCAAUAUAUUAUGUACGUUGCCACGCUUUAGAGGAAAUACAUUUUACUCUGAUGCCAUCCACGAAAAUUAUGAAACGUUUUGUUGUCAAUGCUCGGUCAUUAUAAAAGACACGUUUUACAUAGUUACAAUCAGUGUUUUAUUUGAACACUUACUAAUCAAAGGACUCUGAUUCUGUGCGGGAAUGAUCAAUUAAUUAGUUAAAUGAAUAAAGUUUGAAGAAAUUAUUUGACUAAAUAUGACAAAAUAUAAAGGGAAAUGCAAAAUAAAAUCUGUAAUGUGCACACUUUUUAGGCCAAAAUAUUCGAAAUUUUUAUAAUUUUAUAAGAAAAGUUGAAAUUUUAUAAAAAACUAAAACCGAAACCAAUGCGGAACGAAAAGACAUAGAUAGAAAUGGGACUAAUGGGUUAUUUUUAUAGUAAAGAAUAUACCAAACGUAAACGAGUGUAAAGUAUAGAGAAACAACAGAAAAUACUAAUGCCAGUAAAUACUAUUGCAAUUUCGAUAAAGUAUAAAGGAAUUGCUUGAUGCAUUAAAUCACAUCAAUCGCAAAACACCAAACGUUGCUCUUCCUUAAAUUGAUAAUACUCAAAGGCUUUCCAUCUGGCAAUAUUUGUAAUUUAAUUGGUCAAACGUGUUUUAAUGCAUUGAUGGCUCUGGAUGUUGUAAUGCUUUGUUUGAAAUGAACUCUUGUGUAUCACAGUACUGAAGGAUGGUGAUAGCUGUAUGUGAAUUAUAGCUAGGAUCGAAACACGUUUGCCAAAUACUGUGAGGUACCCAGAUGUUACUAAAAGAAAUUGUUGAGAAGCGCAAUAACUAUUGUAAUUUUUAAAGUAAAAAUUGAAUCAGCAAUUGUUAAAAUAUUAUCUUGAAGCGUUUAAGUUCGUUUACGGUUGAUGACGAGGUUGACCUAUAAUAAUAUGAUAUGCCCUGAUCUAAGAAUAAUUAAUUACGAGAUGAGAUUUUAUAUAAAAAGAAAACAUAGAAAGUAAAAGGAAUAUUAGACGUGCGGUGUUUUUCGAAACCAAGUUUCUUAUACACGAAAAACUUUUGAAACUAAUAAAUUAAUAUUACGAAAAUAAAUGGGAAAACUAGUUAAAAUGAAUUGUUAACUGUAUUAAAACGCACAGUGCGUAACAAAGUUUGCGUUGCUUUGUGCAUGUCAACACAUUUUUGUGGAAAAUCAAAUUUUGUUACGCACUGUGCUGUGUCGUUACAUAUUGUACGAAAGAGGAGGCUUGAAAAGCCGACUAGUCUUAAGUGAACUUAAGAGUUGCAUGAAGCAGACUUCUAAUCGAAUUUUGUACAUUUGUACACGACUUCAUAUUAAAAUGUAAUGCAGUAAAGGGAACACAAACAGCGCCCACGUUAAAAACCGUUAGUUCGAUUAAAUAAUUUUGUAUCAUACAGGUUUUCACUAAAUUUUAUUAGUAGUGAUAUGUUAUUUACUUACCAACAGUUGUAGUUUUGUUCGAACAUUCAUGAAAUCUACUUGAGCGUCUUGAGAUGUUUUCACAUUGUUUUUUUUUUAAUUAUUGUGUAUAUUUCUUUUAUUUAAGCGUGUGUAUUAUAUGAGAAACUUGAACGCAUUUCCAUUUUCGUUUAUCUCUCGCGCGAACAAAUUGAUGCUGAUCGGUUUGUUGCUGCGAAAUUGAUUUGUAAGCAAUGCAUCAAACUACUUGCAUUGUGUCGAAUUGUGUAUGUAAGUGUCCAAAAAAUUCCAUGAAAUGUGAAAGAAUAUUACUUAUUGUAACUAGUAUUAUAAAUAAACAUUUUAAAUAAAACCUACAUCAUAGGAAAUAAUAUCUUAA